CAUAGAAUCUACGAUAGACUACCAGGCGGCAACAUGAAGUCUAGUUCCCUCCGUGUCCUCCUCGUUGUGGCCCUGGUCGGACUGCUCGUAUGCCAGGCGGACGCAUGCCCGAGCCCGGGACAAGCCCUGCCCGGCGCACAGACCACCUGGGACGGCACCUUCCAGUUCGAGUGUCCGGGGAACCAGGUGAUCAGGCGCAUCAGCAGCGUCCACUGCGGGCGUACGGAGGACAGGGUCUGGAAGUUCGGCUGCGGCUCGGUCCUGGGGCUGUCCAGGUUCGACGAGGAGUUUUGGUCCGAGUGGAUCAACGACUACGACGGCGUGAUGAACUUCGAGUGCCCGUUCAACGCGCUCGUCACCGGGUUCAGGAGCGAGCACAGCAACCGCUAUGAGGACCGCCGAUGGAACGUGAAGUGCUCUCGAAAGUACAACAUGGUGACCUUCAACUGCGCCCUGUCGCCCUACGCGAACAGCUUCGACGACAGGAUGAACUACGCUGUCUCUAGCGGCUACUACCUUCGGGGCAUGCAUGGCGACCACAGCAACUACUAUGAAGACCGGCGCUACAAGUUCAACGCGUGCAGGAUACGCCUGUAAAUGUAAAAUCAUUCGGAUACUGAAGCCCCACUUGGGAUGGGAAUACUAGCCUCUACCAGGCACCGCGGAUCGCUGGGAAAAUAGUAGAAAUUGGCCGAAAUAAAGGGAUAGUAUACCAGAGAAGAUCUUCGUGCUGUACUCGAUUUACGUGCUGUACUCGAGUCCGAAACAAAAUUAAAGUUUCUUGUUUCAUUCA